CUCUCAUCUCAAUAAUCGACGGUUCAGAUGCCACUUUACUACUCCAUUCGUGAAACUUCCUGUAGAGAAGCACCCACCAGAUCGUCCCGGCGGGAAAUCAGUAAAGAGGAGUCCGAAAUGGCGGGAAGAAAUCGAAUCUAAAAUGCUCUCUAUAAAUACAGAACUGCUAUAAACCUUCUGUCGAGUUUCAAUUUGGUGGUGAGCAAGAACUGUGGUAAUAGAUUUCCUAAAUCGCGGCUAAAAUGGGCAAGAGAAAGAAAACUAGGGUUUCUCGCGAACAAGAAGACGUAGAAAUGGAAAAAGAAGAAGAUGUGCAACAUCAGAAGGAUGGCAAUCAAUCUUCUCCAACUGAGAAGAGUCUGUAUGAGGUUCUUGGUGUUGAAAGGACAGCAUCUCAACAGGAAAUAAAGAAAGCAUACUAUAAGUUGGCUUUGCGACUCCAUCCUGAUAAAAACCCUGGUGAUGAGGAAGCUAAAGAGAAAUUUCAGCAACUGCAAAAGGUGAUGACAAUCCUUGGGGAUGAAGAGAAGCGGGCACUAUAUGAUCAAACUGGAUGUGUUGAUGAUGCUGACCUUCUUGGGGAUGUUCAAAACUUGCAUGAAUAUUUCAGAGCAAUGUACAAGAAGGUCACUGAGGCAGAUAUUGAGGAGUUUGAAGCAAACUAUAGAGGAUCUGAUUCAGAGAAGAAAGAUUUGAUUGGGUUGUACAAGAAGUGCAAGGGUAAAAUGAAGAGGCUAUUCUGUUCAAUGCUUUGUUCAGACCCGAAGCUUGAUUCCCACCGUUUCAAGGAUAUUCUUGAUGAGGCAAUUGCUGCCGGAGAACUGAAAUCAACCAAAGCCUAUAAGAAGUGGGCAAAGCAAAUAUCAGAAAUAAAACCACCUACCAGUCCUUUAAGGAAGAGGGGAAAGUCAGGUAAACAACCAGAAGCAGAUCUAUUAGCUGUUAUAUCUCAGCGAAGAAAUGAAAGAAAAGAUCGGUUUGAUUCAAUGUUCUCGUCACUUCUGUCGAGGUACGGUGGCAAGGCUGGAUCCGAACCUACAGAAGAAGAAUUUGAAGCGGCACAGAAGAAAGUUGAGAGCCGCAGGGCUUCCAAAAAGUUGAAGCAAAAAUGACCUUCACAAUUUACUAGCGGCACUAGAAUUUUUGUACAAAAUUUUCAAUUCUGCAGGCACAGUGGAAGAUAGUUCUGUUUUCAGUUAUUUAUUUGCGGGUAUUUGAUUGGAUUUGCAAGAACAACCUUCUUUGCUGUAAAAGAUUUCGGAGACGGUACCCAGAAUGGCAGAGUUGACAGCAAAAACAACACUAUUGUCUGGUAGGUGAGUUGGGUUACCCUCCUCUCUGUUACGACUACGAUAUCCAAACAAUUCUGGAAAACGUUGAUGGCUAGUUGGUAAGUAAUUGUCUUGAACAAAGAUGGGCGGUGAUGUUUGAUGUUUGAUCUGUUUGAGAGUUACUUGGAUCUUGCUAUAGUCCUUAGAACUCAGUAAUUGUUAGUUGAUUUAGGAGAACAAGUGUUAUUGGUUUGUCUUAAAUAUCUUUUGGGAGACUUCAAAUUUAUCCUUGAAAUCAGAAGGGCCCUAAACUUUUAGGGUUCUAAAGUUCUCA